UUUUCCUUGAUCAUAAACACUGUCAACCAAUUUCUAAAGCUCAAAAUAAUGGCUGAUGCGCUCAUUUCCGUGCUGCUAGAACGGUUGGCCUCGACAACCUAUGAAUACAUAGAAGGAGAGCUGAAACAUGUUUUGAACGUUAAGGAAGAUGUUGAGAAAUUUACGGCGACUCUCCAAGUUAUUCAAGCUGUGCUGGAGGAUGCAGAGCAAAGGCAAGUGACGGAGGCAAGUGUCAAAAUCUGGUUGGAUAAGCUGAAAGACAUAUCCUACCAGAUGGUGGAUGUGCUGGAUGAGUGGAACACAGACAUUCUCAAACAACAAGUUGAGAAGCAAGAAAAAGAAGGUGAUCCAAAUGCUCUUGUUACAAAGAAGAAGGUACGUUUCACUAGUUUCUCCCGAUGCUUUUGUUUUGGCAAGGUCAGUCGGGUGAUUCUUCGCCGUGACAUUGCUCUGAAAAUAAAAGAUCUGAAUGAUAAGUUAACUGAGAUUUAUGAGGAAAGAAAGAAGUAUCAGUUUCUACGUAAAGAAUUAGGCAUUCAACAACCUCAACAACCUCAACGACCUCAAACUGCAUCUUAUGUCAAUAUGUCUGAGAUAUUUGGUCGUGAAAAGGAACAUAAUAUUUUGAUUAGAAAGUUGUUGGGUGAUAGUAGUGAAGAAGAAAAGGGGUUCCUUCUCAUCCCUAUUGUAGGGAUGGGAGGCAUGGGAAAGACAACUCUGACCCAACUAGCCUAUAAUGAUGACCGAGUCAAAUCCCGUUUUGAUAUGAGGAAAUGGGUUUGUGUUUCAGACCCUUUUGAUGAGAUUAAGAUUGCCAAAGCCAUUAGUGGCGAUUACAGCCCAAGUUCAAAUGAAUUAGAUGAGGUCUUGCAAUGUAUGUCUAGAUCCAUCCAGGGCAAAAGGUUUCUCCUUGUCCUGGAUGAUGUAUGGACCGAUGAUCCUAAAAAGUGGGAACAAUUAAAGGUACCAUUAAUCCAAAGUGGUGCUGAAGGCAGCAGAAUAUUGGUGACCACAAGAAAACUAGGGGUUGCUAAUAUGAUGAGAGCAACAAGAAACGUAAUCAAUCUGGGAGAGUUGAGUGAUGAAUAUUGUUUGUCAAUCUUCAAUCACAUGGCCUUUUCGGAUAGGGAUGUACACGAGUUUGGAGAUAUUAGUAAGGAAAUUGUAAAGAAGUGUAAAGGUUUACCUCUUGUUGCAAAGACUUUAGGUAGUCUCAUGCAGAAUAAGACAAAAAUGGGAGAAUGGAAAGAAGUUUUGAAUAGUAAGAUAUGGGAUCUAGAGAAGGUCGAGCAAGAAGUUUUCCAACCCCUAUUCCUAAGUUAUAAUGAUUUGGCCCCAACAAUUAAAUGUUGCCUUUUAUAUUGUGCUACUUUUCUAAAAGAUUAUGAGUUUAAACGAGAUGAUUUGAUUAAACUUUGGAUGGCACAAGACUAUGUUAUUUCGAAAGGGAAUAAAGAAAAGGGAAUAACGGGUGAUGCUGUUUUUGACAACUUAGUGGCACGGUCAUUUUUCCAAGAUUUUGAGAAAGAUCUUGACACUAGUAUCAUUACAGGUUGCAAAAUGCAUGAUAUUGUGCAUGACUUUGUACAAUUUCUCACUAAGAAUGAGUGUUUGAUUAUUGAUCAUGGUGAGGAAACUACCAAUGAAUCAAAGGUAUUGGGUGAUAAGGUUCGUCAUUUGACCUUGAGAUAUGUUCCUGAAGGUCCACUUCCACAUUUUAUCUCAUCUUACAAUUGUAAAAAUCUCCGCACGCUCGCAACUUUUGAUUCAGGAAUUACUACCAUAGACCCAAAUUUAAUUUUACAAUUGAAAUGUCUUAGGACAUUAAAUUUGAGCGGUAAUUCUAUCAAAGAACUCCCAGAGGAGAUUGGUGAAUUGAUACAUUUGAGGCAUAUUGAUUUGUCUUUCAGUUAUGAUUUGGAGAAAUUACCAGACGCUCUUUGUGGCUUGUACAAUUUGUCCACCUUGCGCCUUCUUUUUUGCUUUAAACUUGAAAAACUGCCUGAAAACAUGGGAAACUUGAUUAACUUAAAGCAUCUAUAUGUUGACAACUGUUCCAAUCUGGAGUCGCUGCCCAAAGGGAUAGGGAGAUUAACAAGUUUACAAACACUAGAUGUGUUUCGGUGUGGUGGUGGCGACAUCGAUGAAGCAUUCCGAAUUGGGGAUCUGAGAAAGUUGAACCUUGAGGGAAGUCUGGAAAUACAACUUGUGGCGGAUGCGACAGAUAAGAGCGAGGUUGAGAAAGCACAAUUGUGGGACAAAAAACUAUUUCAUCUCAGCGUUGAAUUUGAAAGGCAGACGAACAGUAGUAGUAGUGUAGAAAUACUGAAUGCCUUACGACCGCACCCAGAUUUGGAAUCUUUAGCGAUUUCGUUUCAUAAUGGCACCACGUGGCCCGAUUGGAUUCCAUAUUUACACAAUUUGAGAUUCCUUAGUGUUGCUUGUGGGACGCAGAGUGAACUUUGGCCUCUUGGGAAAUUGGAGUACCUUGAAAGACUGACCAUAGAGGAGAUGGAGGGAGUGAGAAUGGUUCGUGUUGAAUUUUUGGGAUUAGAAGAUCAAACCUCAUUCAGAAUCAGAUCACCCCAAAUAUUAUUCCCAAAAUUGAAACGACUAACCUUUUUCUCCUUGUCGAAUUGGGAAGACUGGGAAGGCGUGGAAGAGUGGACGAAAGAGGAUUCUGAAAUUACAAUCAUGCCAUGUCUUUCUGAGUUAACAAUUGAGGAGUGCGAAUUGCUAAAAGCACUGCCAGACUUCCUCUUCGAAACACCACUGCAGACUCUUGACAUCUCAUCCUCUUGGAGACUUUCAGAGCGUUACCAAGAAGGCAAUGGAGAGUGGGCCAAGAUUUCUGCUACGAUCCCGAACAUCCGCAUUUCCUGAGAAUGGUGACUCGCUAGGCACAUUUAUGAAAACAUCUGUCUCCGCGGCAUAUAUAAUCUUCAGAUGGUGGUGACUCGUUAGGGACUCUAUGGAAGCGAACGGAGUGGUGUAAACCAUCAAAGUCAGCCUACGGAAGUUCCAAUAACUGAAAUUUUGAUAAUUUUCAUCAAUAGUCAGCCUUGAGAACUUGACAGAGACAUGAUGAAUUUCGAAGGUCUACUGAGCUUUUGAUUUACAAACAUUCAAUGAGAUGAGUACCCUUAUUUUUUGUUUUGUAAGCAGAAACUUCGUGAAUACCUUAUUUUUCAGGGACAGGCAACAUCGACUGUGUAUAUAACUAAUCUACUGGUGUAUUGAUCAUUUGAAAAACUUCCUUUGUGUCAUUAAUUCGUAAAAUGUACUCUGGGGAACUGGUGAAUUUGGGUUCGCAAUUUACCUUGGCUUUCUCUUAUUUUUUUGUGUAUCAGUUCCCAGUUUUUGCUGUUCCUCUUGAAGGUGUGUUUUGUUUGCCUUGGGUAACUUUCAUUUGGUGUGUGUUCUUAAGCUAGAAAAGCCGUUAAUAUCGUUAACUUUGCCUUCAACAACUAGUUCGUAGAAGAAGAGGUAGCUUGUUUUGAACUUGAAGAAAGAAGUUGAACAAUUCGUUUGCAAUCUCAAAGCUAUUCAAGCUGCGCGAGUUUGAGGAUGCAGAGCAAAUGCAAUGUCUUCCCUUAAUGGGGUUUCUUUUCUUUCCUCUAAAUAUACUGCACGAGGCCCAUUAGUCUCUUGGAUAUGGAACUUAUUAGUGCAACAAGCCUUUGGUCCGAUAUCCAUUUUUUUCUUUCCUGCAGCAUUGGUCUCAAAUUUUGUGCUUGGAAUUUGCCCAAUGAAUUAUUGGCUUCUUUGAGUUCCUAAUGAUUCAGGAUUUCCAUCUCCUCAAUGUUUAAGGGAAAAAGGACAACAAAAAAAAAAAAUACACUUCACUAAGUUUGAAGAGAAAAAAUGUUGACACAUAAUUAAAAUUCCAUACGGGACCAAUGAAUCAUGAGGAGUAUUUUCAGUGAUGAAUGAUUAAACCACUUAAGUUUCCUUCUUCUAAGAAAUUCAUCAAAAUCUUCAAGCAAACAUUCACAUAUGAUGCCUACUGAUCUACUCUGGGUUUGGCAUAAAAGCUCUAAUUCAAUAAAGAACCAUUAUUGCUAAGCAAAUCCUUCCAAGAACAGCCUUACAAACAGCAAUUCAAAACUAAAAAAAUCUCAGACUAAUGCCAAUCAGCAAUUCCAUUUGCCUGCAGAGAGGUAUAUAAGUUCGAGCACGUACACUUGGAAGAAGAAGAUUGAAGGUACCAGGUAAACUCGACAUGAAAUCCUAGUACAAUAUCUACAAAUAUGCGUCGUGUACAAUAUCUACCUUUCAAUUCUAGCUCCGCUCGCAUCAAAAUAGAUUAUUUUGAAUAGUAUUUUCUUCCCAAAAAGUUACUCAGAUUUUGUGUUGUUCCUUGAUAUGUUUCAUUUAUAACUUGUAUCAAAAUUAAGAAGUCCCUUUUUGUCUCCACCCUGAUUGUUUUGAUGAAAUACAGAUCAUAUCUUAACCAUAAGUCUCUAUUUCUACAGUUGAAGCAAACCUUACUGUGCAAACUCAAGAUGUCAUAGCUGGCUCUGUGUGAACUCAAUAUGCAGCUUCAUGAAUGUGGUUUGCAUUUAUAAAUGCAGAAACGCACCGGGAGAAAAAAAAAAAAAAAAAAAAAAAAAAAAAAAAAAAAAAAG